UGAAUUUUUCGAUUAAAAUAUUUUUCAAUGUUAUACCUACAUAAAAUGGAAAAGAUAUGAAAAUUUUGCAUUAUUUUAUACAAUAAAAACAAAAUGAAAAAAAAAAAAAAAAAACAACUUGUGAAGUUCCUGUGGGGCAUUAUAUGUAUGCACAUAUUUCCUUUGUCUAUUUGUAAGAACAUGAACAUAUCCUUCACGACUCUUCUCAUUGUCUGAUUCUGAGAACGUUUUUCUGUUCCUCAUGCAAUGCAGCUCUGUGAUCUUUCAAUCCAUGUUAACGGUCAGCAAACCUUCUUUCUCAAUCAGAAAGUUGUGUCAGCAUAUUCUGGAAAGUUGAAGAAGAUCAUCAGGCAAGAAAAAAGAAAAUCCCAGAUUAAGAAUCUAAGUAUCGAAAUCGGUGACUUUCCAGGAGGCCCAGAUGGCUUUGAGAUGGUUUCAAGAUUCUGUUACCAUGAUGGUAGAAUUGAAAUUACAGUCAUGAAUGUUUGUCUUCUUCAUUGUUGUGCAAUCUUUCUUGGGAUGACAGAGAAGGUUUCGCCUUCCAAUCUCUUGAAACAGACAGAGUCAUUUCUUGAAGGAAUAUUUUACUGGUCAUGGAAUAAUAUACUUGCAACUCUCAGGAGCUGUGAGUCUUUCUUUACUUAUGCAGAUUCAUAUGGCGUGGUUCAAAAACUCAUCUAUGCCUUGUUAGCAAAGAUUGCUCAGCAUUCAGAUUCAGUUAGUCUUCUUGCUUCCUCUUCUUCUUCAUCUUCUUCUCCAGAAACUGCAUCUGGGUUCAGAUUAUCUUCCUCAGCCAAAACCAGUACUCCUACAUCAGCGAAGCCAUCGUCAGGAAAACAGUGGUGGUUUGAUGACUUGGCCUUGUUAUCUCCGGUGACAAUUGAAAAGUUGAUAAAGAAUUUAGGGGCAUAUGGGAGUGAUAACACCAGCUUGAUUCUCACAAGAUUCAUAAUCCACUAUUUGAAAAUCAGAGUUCCCUGUAGAAGUAAUGGAACAAUUGAUGAUGCUACCACUGUGUAUGGCGGCCUUGCAGAUACAGCUGUUCAUGGGGUGAUUAUGUCUGGAAAAUCAGCAUUCUCCUGCAGAGGAAUGCUCGUGAUACUGAGGACAGUGUCAGGAUUUGGAGUGAGCAAAGAUUGCAGGGAUAAGUUGGAGAGAUUAAUAGGCAGCAUGCUUGACAAAGCAACUUUAGAUGAUUUGCUGAUAUCAGGACAAGAGAAGGGUGUCUAUUAUGAUGUAAAGUUGGUGUUAAGGUUGAUAAGAACAUUUGUUAAUAAUGAUGCUUGUGCUGAAAUGGUGUCCAACCAGAGGAUGAAAAUGGUUGGCAGAUUGGUUGAUAAAUACUUGGGUGAAAUAUCACCUGAUCACAACCUUAAGAUGUCCAAAUUUCUUGGAGUUGCAGAAAGUUUACCAGAUAAUGCUAGAGAUUGCUUUGAUGGUGUCUACAGAGCCAUUGAUAUGUAUCUUCAGCGUUUGGAAUGGAAGAAGUGGAUGAGUUAUUCGAUGAAGCUGAGAGAUAUGGAGCACUUGAAAUGAAGAAUCUUAUAUGCAAGUGUGGUAGUCAUGUAAAGCUAAUGACUUCAAGGAUGAAGAGGAACCCUAGGCGAAAGUUCUAGGGUUGCGCUUACCACAAUGUGAGUUCUUUGUAAAAUUUAUUUUCUUAUUCAGUUUGUUUGGGUUGUUGGCCUCUUUUUAGAAAUAUCUGUUAAUUCAUGGAUGGUGAUUUAUAUAGAGUCAUUGUGAUUAUUUUCACUAUCAUGACGAGUGAAUAAGCGAAUGCCACUUCUGAUGUUGAAUGAGGUGAAAGCUAUGAAUAUAGCUACAAAACAAGAGGCUGCCAGCUUGAAUGAGAUAAGCAUUCAAUUGGAAAGGACUGGUCGAGAGUUGGAAGAUUUUAAGGCAGAUGUUGGAAGGUAGAUGGAAAAAAUGAGAGAGCUGAAUGAAGAGGUGUUUUGCCUAAUAAAUAAUUUGUAUAUGCACCAUAUUGGAAUAAUUGGUGUCUUGGGUGCUGGUGCUGCAUAUGUCUUAUACCAAGAUUAUUUUUAGAGAAUACAUGUAUGUAGAUAGUCAGUUUAUGGCUUUAUGAAGCCUUUUGGACAAGUGAAUGUGCCUUUUUGUUGUUAUGUAUUACUAAUGUUGUUGAAUGAAAAUUGGUUUAUAGCAUGAAA